GCUUGAGAUGCCUUAGAAGGAUCUCCAGGAAACCAUUAUGUUAUCAAAUGGUAUAUGAAACACACAGAGGCUACUUGAACCUGAGAAGAAAAAAUGGAUGUAUAAAAUAAAAUCCUUCCGACAGUUUAGACUUUUACCAUACUGAAUUGGACAAAUAACAAGGGAAACUGAUAAAGCAAUACAGAUUUCGUGUGGAGCUGUAACAGUUUGUUAAAGGCAACAUGAAAGCAGACGACAAACUUCAGAUCUUGAAAUUCUUUCUAAUGCUUGUCAAUUCCUUCUUUGUGAUUCUUGGCAUCAGCAUUUUUGCGUGUUCUGCUUGGAUUUUAUUUGAUAAGGACAGCUUUGUUAGUGUUCUCAGCUCUGGACAGGAAGUGAAGGGGGUGGCUGGGGGGCUCUUUUUCAUCGGCCUUGUUGUGGUUGUUGUGUCCUUGCUGGGUUGUGCUGGUGCCUAUUUUGAGAGCAGAUGCUUCAUCAUAUUUUAUAUGUGCUUCUUAAUAGUCAUCAUUCUGGGUCAGCUUUUCAUCACCUUUGUGCUAUUAAUACGAAGAGAGAAGACCAAACAGUUUUUGAGGGAUAAUGUGGACGAGAUCAUUAGGCAGUACGGACGAAAUGAAACCCAAACGUCUUGGAAACUUCUAGACAGUGUGCAGACUUCUGCACAAUGCUGUGGUAGGCUGACCUCAAAUGAAUGGAGGAAUAACACAGUUAUUGAGUCGCUGGGGGAGACUGACAUCUACCCUUGCUCCUGUUUUAACGGGACCUGCCCUGUAAUUCUGGCUGGAACACACAGCUUUGGAAACGGAUCAGACAUCUAUAAAACGGGCUGUGAGAAGGUUUUAGUGGACUGGCUAGAGAUGAAUAUAAUCGUAAUAUUUGGAAUGGAUGCUGGGCUUCUUUUGAUUCAGAUUCUGCAGUUUAUCUUUGGCGUCCAGACCUUCAAAUGCAUCGGCCGCAAGACGAGGGAACUGCAUCCCAAUAAUCUACUGAACGACAUGGAGGAGAAUCCAGCAGCGCAGCCUGAACAACAGCAGUACAGUAUGAAAAAUCAGCAGUUUGAUAGUCAAACCUAUGACCCUCAAAUGGACAGUGGCAACUAUCAUCACGGUGGAUAUGUUGACGGGAAUUAUGACCAGUAUAUCAAUCCUGAAUUUUAUCCAGAACAGGAUAACAGUCAAAUGUACAAUAGCCAACAUAAUUUGCAUUACCAACAGGGCUACAAUCAGGGAUAUAUAGAACAAUAGAAUUACCAUCAGAGCUACAAUCCUUACU